AUGUUUCUAGUUAGAGUUAGCAUUAUAUUCUUGAAAAAAUAUAAUUAAGAAAUUAAUAAGAAGUGGUUUAGGGAACAAGCCUUUAGCCUAAGCUACCCAUAAUCGCAAAAGGAAAAAACAAAGGUUCAAGGCCCUAAAUCCUAUGGAGGAAGGAGCUCGAACAGCUUCACCAUACAGGUCUUGUAAAUAUAGAAAGGCGUCUUUCGGGAGCAGGAUGGCAAUCGGUAGGCGAAGGGAAGUUCAAAAAAAAUCCAAACUCGGAGUCGAGGCUUGGAGUCGGAAGGAGCCCUGAGAGAGCGGGUAUGCUCGAUGCCUAUGUAAAGCUACGGGGGAGGGAUUUACUUCCCCCCUUUGGUAAACAGACUGACGCACUGAAAAAUAAUGAACUUAGUUAUGACACACUAUAUUUACCCAAUAUUAUUCAUAAUUUAUUUUAAUUAGAUAAAAUGAAUAAGAAGGUUAUAAUUAAAUAAAGGUUGAAAACUAAAAGGAUAAUUUUUUCGUUCAAGCUUUAUUCCAGGUACGGCAAGCAUAGAUUCAUACUUAAUAUGAAUCUUUGGAAGAAUUAAAUUAUCGUGAUUCAGAUUUUUUGA